AUGCUAUGCCCGGACAACACCUGGACAGCCACUGACAACCAUUGUUACAAAAAAGUGGACGGAGUGGUGGCCAAUGAGGCCGAGGCUAAGACCAAGUGCGCGGCACUGGGCUCGGGCUCAGUGCCCGUCACCGUUCACAGCGAUGCCGACAACACUGAACUGUUGACAUUUUUUGCCUCCAGUUAUGACACAAGCUUUUACAUAGGGCUUGAGUACAGCCCCGCAGCCAAGGACUGGAAAUGGGUGGACUCGGGCGACACCCAUACCUAUCACGCCUGGGACAACACCGCCGAUAUUACCGGUACUUUUCCAUGUGCCUACGUUAAAGUGGUCAAUACCAAGCUCACCGAUUGGCUGACCAAUGAUUGUAAACAGCCAGUUCAGUCGCUGGUGUGUCAGUCCCAGAGUAAAUCGCUGGAUAACUUGUAUGAACAGGUCGCGCUGAUCAAGACCAAGUUGGACAGUGUCACGUGCCCGGACAAGACAUGGACACCACAGGGCAACAACUGUUACAGAAACAUACCGUACGCUGUGGCCAAUGAGGCCGAGGCCAAGACCAAGUGCGCGGCAAUGGCCACGGGUGCGGUGCCGGUCACUAUUCACAGCGCCACUGAUAACAGGGAUUUAAAUUAUUUUCAUUACGCAAGCCCAGACACCAGCUUUUACAUAGGGCUUGAAUACGAUAAAUUUGCCAAUGAAUGGCUAUGGCUUGACUCGGGCAACACCCAUACCUAUCACCCCUGGAACAACACGGCCGAUAUUACCGGCGCUUUACCAUGCGCCUAUGUUAAGGUGGUU